CCAGCCCCCAGGACCACCUCUCCAAGCCUCACCACAGGAAGUUCUGAAGGCAAGAUGAGCAGAAAUAAUCAGACCCUGGGUCUGGGAACCAGAGAUGGGUUGGCAGUGGCUGCUGCUGUACUCCUGGCUGGGGUUGUGGGGUUGACAGUGUUCCUCGGGUGGAGGAGAAGGAAAGGACAGAGGACUAAAGCCGAAACCCCAGCCAGGGACCUCAUUGAAAACACUGACAAUGUUGAACCUGAAGGUCCUCACCUCACUGUUGGAACUCCCAGCCAUCUGUCUCCCUUCCUGUCACAUCUUGACCUCAGCACUCUGUGUUCCUUUUCUCUAGGAAUAUAUGGACUCAAAGUGAACACCAAGGAUAACAACAUCGUGUACGCCUCCAUUGCCCGCUCAAGCCCAGCCUCCCCAGGAACACCACCCUGCCAGCCCGUCCAUGAAGACCCCCAGGAAGAGACUGUGUACUCCAUCGUAAAGACCAAAUGA